AUGGCAGCUGUGGCGGCACUGUGGCGGCGGGCGAGGGACUACAUGAAGACCAAGGAGUUCCGGGAAUACCUGAUGAGCACGCACUUCUGGGGUCCAGUGGCCAACUGGGGGUUACCGCUGGCCGCCUUUAAGGACAUGAACGCACCGCCGGACAUCAUCAGCGGCCGCAUGACGACAGCGCUCAUCUUGUAUUCGAUGGCCUUCAUGCGUUUCGCCUACCGCGUACAGCCUCGAAACUUGCUGCUGAUGGCGUGCCACGGCACCAACGUGGUGGCGCAGAGUGUGCAGGCGGGCCGCUACCUAAGUCACCACUACGGCGACGGUGCGGCUGCCGCCGCCACCACCGCCACCACCGCCGCCAUCACCAUGACUGUCGCCUACGACCCUGCUGAUGACAGCUGCCGCUAG